GUCUAUAAACCGCCCCGCCACUGCAGCUCUCUCCAGUUGCGCGUUUGAAAGCUUCGGGGGCGCGGACACAGCAGCGCGCGCACAAAAGAGAGAGGGAGAGACUUUUGCUUUUUUCUCCCGAUGUGACGGACGAGUAUAUCGGAACACUUAACUUGACAGACGUCUAUUGUUUUAGCGCAUUUUCACUGUUGGCACACUUGGCUUGUAUGAUGCGGUGGGGUCCAGGCAGCGCGGCCGCGUGGACGCUCGCUUUCACCUUUCUGUCACUGCCCAUCCUGCCGGCUCUCGCCGCGGGAAGGACCAUGAAAUACCAGACGUACGAAGAGGACGCACCGUCCACUGUCAUCGGAAACCUGGCCAAAGACAUGGCGCUGACUCCCUCCGCGGGCUCCAAGACCAAUUUCAGGAUGAUGAAACAGUUCAACGCUUCUUUCAUCCGGCUGCGCGAGAGCGACGGGCAGCUCACUAUCGGGGAGAGGAUCGACAGAGAGAAAAUCUGCAAGCACACGGCUCAGUGCCUCAUCGCGUUCGACGUGGUGAGUUUCUCCAAAGAACAGUUCAAACUGAUACACGUUGAAGUGGAAGUAAAGGACAUCAAUGACAAUUCCCCUGAGUUUCCCAGGAAGGAUUCUACGCUGGAAAUCUCUGAGAACACAGCGGUGGGCACACGCAUACCCCUGGAUGUGGCUGUGGAUGAAGACGUGGGCACAAACUAUAUCCAAAGCUACCAAAUCUCAGUCAACAGCCACUUCACCAUUGACAUGCUGAGCAGAGCUGAUGGGGUUAAAUAUGCGGAGCUGGUGCUAAUGAAAGAACUGGACAGGGAGACACAGGCGUCCUUCGUCCUGGAGCUGGCCGCGACUGAUGGAGGAAACCCGCCGAGGUCUGGCACCACGAAGAUCAACGUCAAGGUGAAAGACUACAAUGACAACAGCCCUGUUUUUGACCGCAACCAUUUCUCCAUCGAAAUACCUGAGGACGCACCGGUGGGAUUCCUGCUGCUGGAUCUGAACGCGGUUGAUCCAGAUGAGGGUUUGAACGGGGAAGUUGUGUACGGGUUCGGCAAUCAAGUGCCCUCUGAGAUCCGACAACUUUUCAAAGUGGACAGAAAAACAGGGCGCCUGACCCUGGAGAGUCAGAUCGAUUUUGAAAGCAAAACGACGUACGAGUUUGAUGUCCAGGCGUCUGACCUGGGUCCCAACCCAAGCCCUCCAACCAUCUGCAAAAUCAUCGUCCAGGUGCAGGACGUGAAUGACAACGCGCCCGAAGUCACCAUCACCCCAAUGACCUCCAUCACAGCAGGAAUCGCACACAUCACAGAGGCGGCUGCCAAGGACAGCUUUGUAGCUCUGAUCAGCACCACGGACAGAGACUCGGGCGCCAAUGGCCAGGUGCACUGCACACUGUAUGGGCAUGACCACUUUAAACUCCAACAGGCUUACGAAGACAGCUAUAUGAUUGUGACCACAGCCCCCCUUGACAGAGAAAAAAUUGCAGAGUAUAACUUAACUGUAGUGGCUGAAGACCUCGGCUCCCCACCUUUCAGAACGAUUACACAGUACACCAUUAGGCUGAGCGACGAAAAUGACAACGCCCCCAUGUUUAGCAAGCCGGUCUAUGAUGUUUCAAUUGUGGAAAACAAUGCACCAGGUGCAUAUAUAACCACAGUGGUGGCCAGAGACUUGGACCUGGGGCAGAACAGCAAAGUCAGCUAUAAACUUGUAGACACCUAUAUUAUGGGCUCACCCAUAUCAGCAUUCGUCUCUCUGGACCCUGCCACUGGCUCCAUCUAUGCUCUCCGGAGUUUCAAUUACGAAGUUCUAAAGCAGCUUGAGCUGCGAAUUCAAGCAAGCGACGGUGGGUCACCACAACUCCAUGGAAGUGCAACUGUCAACCUAAGAAUAGUCGAUCAAAAUGACAAUGCUCCCGCCAUCACACAGCCAGCUCUCAAUAAUGGUUCUGCAGAAGUCCUCCUGCCAAAAGACGCCCCUUCAGGUUAUGUGGUAACCCAGAUAAGUGCACGGGAUGCUGACGAGGGUGUCAAUGCAGAGCUGUCCUACAAAAUCGCCUCAGGUGAAGCCUCUGUCUUCUCCAUCAACAGAGCCACUGGGGAGAUCUACCUGAACCGUGAGCUGAACUAUGAAGUUGACGAGAGCCUGAAAGUCACAGUGACCAUCAGUGACAACGGUAGACCUUCGCUGACUUCCACGGCCACCAUCCGCUUCACCAUCAUCGCCGGAGCACCCCCUAAUGACCGCAACAUAUUCAGGCAUGACAGUGAAGAUGAUGAAGCUCACGAGUGGGACCUCUCCAUCGUGAUCAUUGUUGUUCUGGCUGGGAGCUGCACGCUGCUGCUCUUAGCCAUCAUUGUAAUAGCAACAAGCUGCAACAAGCGAAAGCUGGACAAGCGGGGAGAUGGCUUUCGUCCUGAAAAGGAGGAUGGCAUGAACUUGGAGGGGGGGAAGAACAAUAGCGACCCCCUUAUACCUGUUCACAGUGAUGGCGUGUUUGACGUCCACCCGUACUCCAACAAACCCAGUUUCACUGGUUCCAUUCAGACGAGCAGCGACAUGUGCUGCAGCUCCGAAGAUGGCACAGAGACCACCUGCGUCUAUGAAUCCGAAAACAAAAGCCGUGGACCAAAACUGGAGGGUUAUUCAACUCUGCCUGGCUAUGGCAAAGAGCCAGUGCGACCAAUUACAAUAUGGAAAGGCAACUCCUACACCACUGUUUCAGCAAGAGACCCUCAGUUCAGCGGGAAAGACAGCGGAAAAGGAGACAGUGACUUCAACGACAGCGACUCCGACAUCAGUGGUGAUGGUUUGAAGAAAGAUGGACACCAAAACAAUGCGCAAAAUGCUCUGUGGGCGUGUACCAGCGAGUGUAAGAUCCUCGGCCACUCCGACCGUUGCUGGAGCCCAACUGCUGCCAGGGCGAGCAACAGCUCUGCAAAGACCGGCUCACUUCCCAGAGACUCUCUUAGGAGGGAGAACUACUACCAGGCCCACAUACCAAAAACGGUGGGCCUCCAGAGCGUCUACGAAAAGGUUCUGCACAGGGAAUAUGACUAUGUGUUAGUGCCCCCACCCCAACCGGUCAGGGUACGAGAGAUCAACGACGUCACCAUCCCAGUGUACUCACCCACAACAACACGCUGUCCCACCAAUGAAGUCUGAGAACCUAAACAGCCUUCAGAUAUAAGACUGUUGAUGGCUGUCACUGACAUUACACUCUCUACAGGAAGUGUUAAACAUGUACAGGUAUCAGUAAUGUUUGUGUAUUUAAAAAAACGCAUCUUUUCUGUCAGUAUUGGUCUUCACAACGAUUUUGAGCAAUCAUAUGACUUUGUUGAAAAUUAUAUGUAUAUUAUGCAAGUUUUUUUGUAAAUACAGAGUCUAUUUUUAUAAUAUUAUUCCUAAGUAAAACAAAAGAUAUUGCAGAUGAUAUACUUUAUUUUAAAAGCAUGUUCCUUAUUUAAAUACAGCCUAAGAUUUUAUGCUCCCAAACCCAGUUGAUAGCCUACCUGUGUAAAUUUAGGCCAUCUGAAUGCAAGAUGUACCUUUUUGAUCGAUUUCU